AUGGCUGGGGGACAGGUGGGAAUUAAAUACGGUUUGCAUGGACCGAACCACUGUGUAAGUACCGCAUGCGCGACCGGCUGUCAUGCUAUAGGAGAUGGCUUCAUUUUGAUCAAAAGGCACCAGGCUGACGUGAUGGUUUGCGGCAGCACCGAGGCUCCAAUCGUGCCAUUGACUGUUGCUGGAUUCUGUCGUUUGAGGGCGCUGUGCACCACUUUCAACGAUGAUGCGUCAAAGGCCAGUCGACCCUUUGACAUUAGACGUGGUGGAUUCGUUAUUGGCGAGGGUUCAGGGGUGGUUAUUUUGGAAGAGCUGUCACAUGCUAAACAUCGCAAUGCAAAGAUCUAUGGUGAGGUGCUGGGCUACGGCCUUAGUGGAGACGGCUUUCACUUGACCAUGCCGGACGCAGAGGGAAGGGGCACAGUAUUGUGCAUGUCACGAGCUCUGAAAGAUGCUGGUGUGAAGCCGGCUGAUAUUGGCUACAUAAAUGCGCACGCAACCUCUACAAAACUCGGUGAUGAAGCUGAGUGCAAAUCUAUAAGCAAAGUAAUGCAUGGCAAUGAUCAUUUACUGGUGUCUUCUACCAAGGGGGCUACCGGUCAUUUACUGGGCGCUGCUGGAUCUCUGGAAGCAAUUUUUACCAUUUUGGCUUGCAACUCCGGAAAAAUUCCACCAAAUCUGAAUUUAGAGAAGACCGAUAUUGAGGCACCUGUCAAAUUCGCUCCUUCGAAAACCGUCAACUGGCUCAAAAUAGGUUCUCGGCGCAUUGGCCUUUGCAAUUCGUUCGGCUUUGGUGGCACAAAUGCCACCCUCUGCGUUGCAAAUUUUGUUGACUGA